AUUUGUACUGGAUGUCUUCAUGUAUUUCUCUUGAUGCCACAUGCCAGCAGAAAAAUUUUCAACACACGCUCCACAGUAGCUACUUUAAUUCCCUCACACACACACAUGUAUAUGUGUGACAUGCAUUAAUUAAUUUAUAACUUGAAAAAGAUCGAAGAGGAUCGCGCGCGGCCACAUUAACCAUGUCAUAAGCCAGAUAUUCUCCUUCUCAACGUUAAUUUGGGAGUAGUGAUGGGUUUUCCGGUGGUGUUGCCGCUAGCAAAGCUCGGCCUCAUUGCCGGUGGCGGCGGGCUGGCUCCCCUUCUGACGACGGCUUUGCUUUGGCCUUUUGUGCUGAAAUUCGCCUUCAACUUCCGGCCGCUGCGGGAGACCUGCGUGGACAUGGCGGAUGCGGUGCGGCUGUUUUUGUUCCAGAUGAGUCAGAUAGCGUUUGAGGGCGGCGAGGGCAGCGGCGGCCCGCGGUGGCAGAGAGCGCUCCGUUUGGUAUACGAGAGGCUCGUCAACGCGCGGGGUACGCAGUCCGACGAGGAAACUUUGCUUGCUCUCUCAAUGCAUGCACUCUAAUCUGUUUUUUUUUUCUUCUCAAUUUGCUAGCUGCUGCAAGGCGUGGACCAUCUACACCGCAAUCAGGUCAAGCACCAGAGUUAGAGCUAAACCGUGAGUCUGCUAUUCAGGUUGAGCUGUGAUCGAGGAUGUAGUGUGCAAGCGGAGCUUUUGUCGAUCUAGGAUGAUUACCUCAGAGUAGAGUAUAUGUCUUCAUACAUAUACUCAGAUUGUUAUUCCGCUGCGAACACUGAUUAUGUUAAGAUAUUAUGUCAUUUGUCAAACAAUAUGUAUUAUUUAAUAAUGUACUAAAACCAUUGAGUACCCCGUUUUGGGAUAAUAUUAUGUACGGUCCCCUUGUGGCCUUCAUUGAUAUCUAGAUAUUUCGAUUGAUUUCUUUAUACAAGUCGAGUCAUCAAGAAGCUAAACAUGCCCCUUUUCUAAUCCCGCUCCUAAAUCCCCUCCCCUAGUCGCGGUUUUCCCGAAUUUGCUAUCCUUAUCAAGUGCGGUCGUGACAGAAUGGUAUCAGAGCAUUUCUUUUGCUCUGAGUACUACUCAUUCCUUCUAAGUUGAGUCUAGAUUAAGUAAGUUAAUACACUUUUGAACUAGUUGACAAAAGCUUGGCACUACAUCUCGUCACGCUCAACGGAGGUUAUGGUAAGUACUUUCAAGUUUUAAUUAAGUUAAUUUCUUGAAAUGUAUGAAGCAUGAAUAAGUAUGACUAUGGUAUGAAUCACAAGAACUUAGAACUGUUAAGUUAUAUAUGCUCACUCUCACGACGGAACAUAGAAGAGAACUUAGGGAGAUGCCUUAACUUUUUCUUCAUGUUACGAUGACAUCGACAAUGAUGGUCGAAAUAGAGAAAGAAGAAUCACACGAAGGGUCGCAUGAUGAAACCACGAGCAUGAAGAUUGAGCAGCGUAACGAACGCCAAUAGUACGUUGAUGGCAUGGGCAUAACUUAAAUAUUCGAGUGUUUUUCUACGAUGAGAUCUCGAAUUAGCUUGGCCUUUUGAACUUAUUUUGUUGAAACUUUUAGUGCUCGUUGCUAGAUUUAAGAAAAUAUCAUCAUCACAUAACAAGCCCUAAGUUCGGUAAACAACGACACUAGAACUAUAUGAUAGUCGAAUUGGUAAUCUGUGAUUAAGUAUUAAGAACCUGUAUGGCUUGUGUAAAUGCUAGAUUUAGAUGAUGAGGUGUUUUUGCACGUUAUGGUUAUUGAACCGAACUUGUUUUCCGAUUUUAGAUAUUUAGAACCUUAUCGCCUUAAGUUACUUGUCGUGUGCUACUUUUGACGAUAGAAUUUCCUUUGUUAGAUGGCGAGGACUGUUUUCACCCGACGACGACCACUGCCCCCAUGGGCUAGUCCAGAGGAGGUCGAGCGGUCCUACCGCACCUAUGCUCCAUGUCACGGGGAUAACCUCGGACAGUUCCUCGCAGGUUUUCACAGACACUGGGUCGAGGCGAGUGCACAUGGAGUAUCAGGGUAUGACGGUAUCCAGAGGUUGAUCUUACUGUUACCUUCCGAGUGGCAGGGAUGGGCUAGACAGAUUUCUGGCCACUACAUCUUUCGCCGAGAAGAUUACCACGACCUCAUGGGAGACUUCCCUAGCUUUAUUGCGGAGCUUCAGAUCUGUUUCACUUUGUGGGGCCGCGCCCCUCUAGGGCCCUACAUCCUUCCGGGAGACUACGUACAGGUGGGGACGCCUUUGCCAGUGGAGACACCCGCUACUGCCCCUGAGUCUCCGAUGGCCUUGCCACGAGACCCUCCACCACGUGCCUCAGUUCUAGGGCGCCGUGGUAGGCACGAUGACGAGACAGGCCCUUCUCGUCCCCGGGCUCGUAGGGAUUUCCCAUCGCCUCCUGACUCAGCGAUCCGAGCUACUGCUACUCCACCACCACUGAUACCUACGAUAGACGCAAGGUUUGAGGCUUCCAUGGCAGAUGUCGACAGGGUCAUGGCCAACAUGAGAGAGUUCCUAAAUAGGGACAAUUACCCUAUGCAGGAGGAUGAUGAUACAGCACAGUAUGGUAUGAUGAGGAUUAUUCGUCCUGAACCCGUGCCACCUCCAGCUCCAACCGAGCCUCGUGCCACGGCCAGGAUCAGCACCAGAGACGAUCCGAUCCGUGAGAUUGUGGACGAUAUCUUCCGCUCAGCCCAGAUCAUGCAGGAGACAGGCGAGGGCCAGGGAGAGACUCUGUUGCCCAGCUGGGAGCCGGGCGAGGAUGAGGAGGAGGACCCCAAGGAGGAUGAGGAGGAGGACCCCGAGGAGGAUCCGGAGGAGGACCCCCUGGCGUCACCGAGGAACAGUCGUACCGCGACUCAGAGUUCACAGAUUUGAUAGUUUUAGCUUGUGGAUGUACUCCGGAAAUGAUGAUUCGUUCCAAUGACUAUGAUUUUAUUUAUGUUGUU